AAGGCGUACACGAGCACCAAGAACUCGACGGUUGAGCACGACAGCUACGAGCCUACGCGUGACACUAUCCUGUCGUGCCCCAAGAACAUCUCGAGCGAACUGCCGCCCACGCCCAAGGUCCCCGUUCUCGAGUGCACGAUCACGCAGCCAGUGUGCAACGGCGUGAAGGCCAACAGCUACGAGCACUUCUCACCCAGCACCGCUGUAGGUGAGAAGCGGAAACCGUCGAACGAAGAGAACGCUGACACCGCUGCCGCCGUCACGGACGCCACGGCGGGAAGCAGCGGCGCUAGCGCGACGGCUUCAGCCGCAGCACUCGUCUUGUCCGUGGCCACGGUUGCCGCCACUGCCCUGUCCGUCUUCUAG